AUUUGCUUUCCAAUAAAAGCCACACUCCCUCCUGCCUCCCUCCCAAGUAGAGCACAUGUUCCAGUAGUACUACAGAGGAGGACCUAGGAGGGGGAGGAGGAGUGGGAGGAGGAGGAAGAGGAGGAGUUGUUCUCUAGAUGAAAGAGAGCCCCUUUGCGGGGCUGUAGCCUCUCCUUGCCACCUGGGAUGGGCACGGCUUCACAUGCCCCCAGUGAAUUGUUUUAACAGCCAUCUGCUUCUGAGCAUUGUUCAGCCUGGCAGGAUCCUCAGAACUAGGAGGUAAACAGAAUCCUGUGAAGCCCACUUCUGGUGGUGUAGAACCCCUGGGCUCCUCUGACCCCAAGCCUCCUGCUCCCUGCCGCUGGCAACCUGCACUUUGAGCUUUACCUAGUUGCUUUUGUGUGGACGGAGGCUUCCCAUCUAUCGCAGCCAUGAACUUCCUCCGGAGGCGUCUGUCCGACAGCAGCUUUGUAGCCAACCUGCCCAAUGGCUACAUGCCGGACCUGCAGCGCCCAGAGAGCUCCAGUAGCUCCCCAGCAUCCCCGGCCACAGAGAGGAGGCACCCCCAGCCCCUGGCUGCCUCUUUCUCUUCUCCAGGAUCCAGCCUGUUCAGCUCCUUCUCCAGUGCCAUGAAACAGACCCCACAGGCCCCCUCGGGGCUAAUGGAACCACCAACUCCUGUCACCCCCGUGGUUCAGAGACCCAGGAUCUUGUUGGUGAUCGAUGAUGCCCACACAGACUGGUCCAAGUAUUUCCAUGGGAAGAAAGUGAAUGGCGACAUUGAGAUCCGAGUGGAGCAGGCUGAGUUCUCCGAGCUGAACCUGGCUGCUUAUGUUACCGGAGGCUGCAUGGUAGACAUGCAAGUUGUGAGAAAUGGCACCAAAAUUGUGAGGUCCUUCAAACCGGACUUUAUCCUGGUCCGACAGCAUGCCUACAGCAUGGCCCUGGCUGAGGACUACCGCAGCCUGGUCAUCGGCCUUCAGUAUGGAGGGCUUCCUGCUGUCAACUCUCUCUACUCUGUGUACAACUUCUGCAGCAAGCCCUGGGUGUUCUCUCAGCUCAUUAAGAUCUUCCAUUCUUUGGGUCCUGAGAAGUUUCCACUCGUGGAGCAAACAUUUUUCCCCAACCACAAGCCAAUGCUCACAGCCCCGCAUUUUCCCGUGGUGAUCAAGCUGGGACAUGCCCAUGCUGGCAUGGGAAAGAUCAAAGUAGAAAACCAGCAUGACUACCAGGACAUCACCAGUGUGGUGGCCAUGGCCAAAACCUAUGCCACCACCGAAGCCUUUAUAGACUCCAAGUAUGACAUUAGAAUCCAGAAGAUUGGAUCCAACUACAAGGCAUACAUGAGAACCUCCAUCUCUGGAAACUGGAAGGCCAACACGGGCUCUGCCAUGCUGGAGCAGGUGGCCAUGACAGAGAGGUACAGGCUAUGGGUGGACAGCUGCUCCGAAAUGUUCGGUGGCCUAGACAUAUGUGCUGUCAAGGCUGUCCACAGCAAGGAUGGCAGAGAUUAUAUCAUCGAGGUCAUGGAUAGUUCAAUGCCCCUGAUCGGAGAGCACGUAGAAGAGGACAAGCAGUUAAUGGCCGACCUUGUUGUCUCCAAGAUGAGCCAACUCCUGGUGCCAGGCAGCAUGGUGCCCUCACCCCUGAGACCUUGGGGUCCACAAACUAAACUUGCAAAAUCUCCUGGGCAAGGCCAGCUGGGUCCUCAGCUAGGACAGCCGCAGCCAAGGCCACCCCCCCAAGGCGGCUCUCGUCAAGCUCAGUCUCCUCAGCCUCCCAGAUCUAGAAGUCCAUCCCAACAGAGGCUUUCCCCACAGGGCCAACAGCCUGUGAGCCCUCAGUCAGGCUCUCCACAGCAGCAAAGGUCCCCAGGUUCUCCACAGCUAUCCCGGGCAUCUGGUGGCAGUUCUCCAAACCAGGCCUCCAAGCCAAGUGCCAGCCUCGGCUCACAUCCCCGGCCACCUGUGCAGGGCCGCAGCACCUCCCAGCAGGGUGAAGAGCCCCAAAAGUCAGCACCGCCUCACCCCCACCUCAACAAAUCUCAGUCCCUGACGAACAGCCUCAGCACAUCAGAUGCCUCCCAUCGAGGGACCCCAAGUGAAGAUGAGGCCAAGGCCGAGACCAUCCGCAACCUGAGGAAGUCCUUUGCCAGCCUCUUCUCUGAUUAGCCCCACCUAAGCUGGAGGGCAGGAAGACUCGGUGACUGGAGACUUUCUCUGGUUCCCUCCUUCUCAGCCUUGGUUCCUGGUGGAAACACGCUUCCUAGAUGCCUCUGACCCAGGAACUGAUGAUCUAUAUGCAUUCCCACCUCCUUGACCAUGACAUUCCAAUGCCGUCUGAAUGAGCUGUAGCCUUGAGAGCCCCUGGCUUCCUCAACACGGGCCUUCCAGACAGACAAGGCGUCACUACACCCACCAUAUGCUUGCUCCCCUGCCACUGGUACCAAGUGAGAUGUCUGUGUGGCUCGUUUUUUGCAUUCUUAUUAGUGUUUUGCUUGCCUUUGGGCAGAGGCCCUCUUUGAGGCCUUGACUCUCCUCCAUCAAAUGCAGACAUUGUCAAUAGUCGGACCUCAGCAACGUAAGAGGCAAUACUUUUUAAUGGUGUUUUUGCAAACAGAAAUAGGGAAGCCCAGCCCAGGAGCCUACUACAUACCUAAAGCAAGCUAGUGCCAUCUUUGCUGGGAGCAGGCUGACCAAGGCCCCAUCUCAGCUGGCCCUCACAGGGACCUUGAUGCCAACAGAAAGAAGCUAGACUCUCUGCAACAAGUGGGGCCUUUCAGGACAGAACAGAGGGAACCCCACACAGUGCUACCCAUGCUUAGAGCCAACAGCAAGAAUCCAGAGAAAGCCUGUGCCCCCUGUGGAGAGGGUCACAGGAUUGGGCCUCUCUGACCUCACACAGAAUCUGUUCUUCUUCCUCCUUAAGGCUAGAUGGGAAACCAGAGAGAAUGGAUAGCUCCCUGUCACAGGAUCACAAGACAUGGUGAUGGAGUCUAUAUGGUUCGGCAUUUUACCUGCUCUGAACAAGGUGUCAAUAGGCCACUCAGUUUCCCAAAGGUCUCCUGGCGAGACAGCCUUCAGAAACAGUGCGUGUUUCUCUUUAGGAGACACAGAAUACAGAACACACAUUGAACUUUGAAAUUUCUUCCAGAAAAAGUUCCACUCCCACCUUGUUUUAGUCAUUAUGACGAAGAUAGCCUGCCGCAGAGCUAGGCAAAGUGGUCCUGACUCCCCCUCCAGUGCUCCUUUGCUCCUUCCCUGACACCAGACCGCCUCCGGAUCACAUCACCAAGCACCUGGUGCUAGAAACGCUGUAGGUGCCAGAACAGUGUCGUGGUCCCAAGACGACCCAGGACAUCAGAACACAGCCAUGCUAUCUGUACAGCCCUGCUGGCCACCUGCGGUAUGCCUUCCUUGCUCUGUGUGAGGAGGGAAGUGACUAACUACACAGCUUCUGCUUCUGCUAGAGUUCUGCAGAUUGCUUGGUGAUCAUCCGAGGCAUUUCCAAGUCUCCAGGAGUCUAGAAGCAGUCACUGUAGUUUCUGGGGGAGUUUUCUGCUUGUUUUCUUGAAACAGACUCAUUCAGCAACUCAGGCUGGCCUAAAACUUAUGUAGCCCACGCAAGUCUCAAAUUCAUGGUGAUUCUCCCUCUUUAUCAGCCUCCCAAGAGCUGAGACUGCACGAAUGAACUGCCACACCCGGUGGUUCAUCAUCCUCCCAGCCCAGACUGGAGUGGCAGAGACAAGGGUAGAGACCCUCUCCUGCCUUGGCUCACUUAGAACCCUGCAAUUCUGCAGAAUGCACCUUCAAGCUGGUUUCCAGCAGGGAUCAGCUCGGCAUCCAAAGUGGCAGCUUUGGCCAUGGCUGCAGAGAUCCAUUUGGCCCUGGGGUCACCCUCUUCCUUCUUGCCUUUUCCCUCCUCAUGAUCAAGUCAAUAUGGAGAGCAAGCGCACCAGAAUUAUUUGAAAAGCCCUCUUUGGCCUCUCUUUCCAUAUCUUUGGCUUGGAAGAAUAAACAGCAGCUCUAAGUCUACGUUGUGUAGGUCGAGUGACCACUGAGGCCAUAAUUUGGAGCUGUAGACCACAGGGCUUCGGCAUAGUUGGAACUGACUACUCAAGAGCAAAUAUGCUGUGGUGUGAUGUGCGGAGUGAACUUCUGAAGGCCUGGUACCCCUCCCAGUACCAACAAAGCCCAACCUCUUUUAUUCCUAAGUUCCAAUGAGUUCAGUGAGUACAGGACAGUCCCUGAGGCACAUCUUCCUCAUUUUGCCCAACUGCUCUUCUACCACAGAAUGAGGCUGGCAAAUACUUCCAGAAUGCUCCUUGAGGACAAUAGGGAUGACCCAGAAUGUGGUAAGACACAUGGCACAAGGGUCAGUACAUUCUCCUGCCCCCCCCCCACUCCCCGGUGAGGGAGAGGAGGUCUUAAGGCCAGCAUCCCCAAGCCAUGCUUUAGGUAGGUUAUCCAAAGGAAGAAAAAAGGUCAGUCUGAGUUCACAGAAUGUUGCUUCUUCCUCCUGCUCCUCCUACUCUGACUUAGCUCUUGCACCUUUCUCUAGAACCUCUGAAGAAAAAUAGGUGGAGCAGAAGGAAGGAUUCGGCGGGGAGGGUAAGAUUUGAAAUGUCAAAGAUAGUUUGUUAAAGUGAAUUCUACAGAUGUGGGUGUUGGCUUUCUGAUUAUCUACCAGAAGAUGUGAGUCCCUUUUUCAGGUCCCCCAGCACCUUCCUCCCUUCUCCUCCUCACCCCCUCUCUAUUUCACACACACACACACACACACACACACACACACACACACACACACACACACACACAGAAUAUGCCUGGCUAAUGACCAGAAUGAACACAUUAAAAUGUAACAUCUCGCCGGGCAUGAGGGUGCACCCUUUAAUCCCAGCACUUGGGAGGCAGAGGCAGGCAGAUCUCUGAGUUUGAGGCCAGCCUGGUCUACACUUUGAGUUCCAGGACAGCCAGGACUACACAGAGAAACUCUGUCUUGAAAAACAAAAACAAAAAUGAAAAAAGGAAAGGGAAAAAGGAACAGUAAGAUGUUAAAACCCCAUUACCUCAUUUCAGACCAUAGUCCUCUUUCUAGGGGGUCCCUGAUGACUUGUUUCAGUAACAGACUGCUUCCCUACCAGACCUUGAGAAGCGAGGGCUCACUCAUGAGGCACAUGUGGAGGAAACCAGCACACCAACCUCACAUGAUUGAGGAGCCUAAGAGCCUGGACCCUUUGCUCCUAACAAUGACAGCUGAAGUUGCUCCUGUAGAAAGGUCUGCCCCAGUCGGGAAGAUGCAAGCAGUCUCACACAGGUGGGGGGUGGGGAUGACCUUGCAUUCUAGAAAAGCAUAAGACAGCAUACAUCACAGAAGCCAUGCUUUAGGCAGUUAAGAACACAGUGAACACCUGUGGCAGCCAUCACCCGUGUCUCAAUAAACCACAGCUCCAGACACAUCAUGGAGUAACAGGCAGCAGGAAAUUCCUUCUAGUAUAGGCCAUGGCUCUGGACAGAUUUUAGUUUUAAAGGCAGAGGAAACUUUGCUUCAGACAACAGGAAUAUGAGCUUGUAGUGAGAGGGAUCAGACCUGCAGCUGGAUCAGCCUCUGGGUGUUCUGGAGGCCUGCUGAGGUUGGGCGGCCAUUCUGAAGCAGGGCAGGGAUGGAUAUGUUUCCAUGCCAUCGCCACCCCUGCUAGGGACCUGCCCCUUUGAUAGACAGAACCAAGAGCUCCGUAAAUGACCAUGUGGCCAAAAUAUUCUCACUUAUAUUCUGUCCCUAAAAACAUCUCAGCAUUCAAUGGCAUCUGUCCAGUAUCCCAACUAUAGUAGCACAAAUGUCUCUCAAAAUCUGAAUCAUCCUGAUUUUAUAAUCAUGCCAACUAUGUCUCAAUCCAUGACGUAACACUAGACUGUGGCCAGCACUCUGAAUAACUUCCAACUGGGCCGGGAAUGAAAACAGAGUCCAAGGGAAUACACAGGUCCGUGGAGUCCACACAUCUCUCCAGUGGAUUGUUUUCACCCAUAAGCUAGACCAUGUUGCUCCCAAAACUUUAACCUUCAAUAAUUGUGACAUUUAGAGGUAGAAAAGGGCAAGAGGAAAGGGGAGGAGUCACUGUAAAUAGAUUCUGAAGGGUUCUAUUUAUUGGGUUUUGCUAUCUUUCAAACUUUGACCCAAACAAUAGCAAUGACUUCAUGAAGCUGAGACACAACAGAGACCCAUUCAAUUUGUGUACAAUAACCAGGGCCUUCCAAACACAGCCCCCAAACAGCCACAGCAAGCUUCCUGCAGACCAGAUGGCACAGAACAUGCACACCACUUCCCUUUCCUGCACCCCACAAGGCCUCUGGGCUGUGGCAGUCACUCCCAGCAUGCAGCUGGCUCUACUGGACUAUGGGAGUGACAGUUCUUCUCUCAUUUAAAAAAAAAAAAAAAAUCAGUUGAAAACUCCAUGUCACUGAAUAACCACGGCUCCGCAAGUUCUGUUGUGAAUAUCCAGGAAAGAGGCUCCAGAGAAGCGAGCCAGCUGGGUACAUGGGAUCUGGCUCAGGAGCAGCUGCUCAGAGGCAGGUGGGUGUUCAGGACUCUCCUUAGGAGACUCUCCUAGAAAGUUAGGAAAUUAGUGACAUGGAUGUGACACAUUAAGAUUGGAGAUCCUCCUGGAGCUGGAGAGAUGACUCAAUGAUUAAGAGCACUGACUGCUCUUCCAGAGGUCCUGAGUUCAAUUUCCAGCACCCACUUGGUGGCUCACAAACACCUAUAAUGAGAUCUGGUGUCCUCUUCUUGCCUGCAGGGACACAUGCAGGCAGAACACUGUACACAUAAUAAAUCUUUAAAAAAAAAAGGAUUGGAGAUCCCCCUCCCUCCCUCCCCCCCCACUCUUGUUUAAUCCCCAAAGACCUCCUCUGUACUGGAUCUGCAAAGGAAGGGGAGCAGACAGAAUGAGAUGGAGACUCUAGCCCUGGGGAGCAUACUCCUGGUGGGGUACACAACUUCCUGGAAGCCAGGGAGCAGCUGAGGUCAGCAUGGGAUAGAGGUGGUGGCAAUGGGCACUCCCAGGACCAUGCUGCUGGCAUUCUUUCCAAGGCCAAGACCUAGGAAAGGAAGUGUCCAUCUACAUGAGAGCCUUGCAUCUGUACCAACCAAACGCAGCUGAGCUUUGUAAACAAGUCCCUGGACAGUGUGCACCAGCUCCCUUGUCCUUGGUUACAGCUUGGUGGCUCAUUUUGUGUACACCAAAGUGGUAAGCAGCUGCACAUGAGCCACAGGCUUGCACAUACAAGUGGUAACCUAACUGUCACAGGGGCCAGCCCAUUCACUGCAAGAGCCCUUUCACUGUAUCUCUAGAUUCUUAUCCCAGAGCCAAACUGGCUGAUACAACUAAGCUGGUGUCAGAUGCUGUCCUUGACCUGAGCAGCUGAUUAAACUAAACUGUUUGGUAUUUAGACUUUACUAGGAGGCAGCACUUUGAGCUUGAGUGAAGACAAAUGGGCAGGUUAGGCGACAAGCAAGGCUGACUGAUCCAUUUAUCAAGCACGGAGCUCUCUUGUGCUCCCACAAAACACGAGCCCAGAUUGACGAAACACACAUACCCAGGUUUCACCUGCAGAUCUAACUGGCACACCCAGAGGGAAGAACAAAAACGCCUACCCACAGCUUUUCACUGAGACUCGAGAAGCCUUGAGCUAACACUUCUUACAACCAGCACUUUACUUCAGAAUAUCAAAAACUAGUGUUACCACUCAUUUGGGAUUCCCAGUAGAGAAAGCAAGAAGUCAGCUCAAAUUAAAUCUUUAGGGGCUGGAGAAAUACAGUUCAGUCAAUUAAAUGUCUGCAAUGCAACCCAAGGACCUGCAUUCAAAAGUUGGGGGUAGUGGUGAGCACUUGCAAUCUCAACACUGGGGAAGCAGAGAAAGGUGGAGCCCAAGGGCUCAAUGAGCAGUCAGUCUAACCUCAUCUAACCUGGAGUUCCUCCAGACCACGUGAGGCAGAUGUGUACCCACAUCUUUACAUGACUGGCCUAGCACACUGCCAUAGUACUAGGGCACAGCAGAGCACCUGUCCGGCUCUUCUGCAAGGUUCAAAUCGGCAGGUUAGGAGGAAAACAGGCCUGGGAACCAACCCUUGAACAGAAGAAAAGGAAAAAGGAGAGACUAUCUGGCUCCACUGGUUAAGAAUUAGGGAGCUUGCCAGUGAAGCAGUGACCUCAGCAACUAAGAACUGGGCAAAGAGCGAGAGAAUUCAGGGUUUUACCCAAGUUGGUAAGGGUUCUUCCCAACACCGAAUUACCAGCCAUGACAAAUGGGCAUUUUCUGUUUAUAGUGGUACAGGGAGAAGUAAGCUCCCAUUACUAAAACAUGGCUAUAGGAGAACUUAGGGGCCAAGAAAGAUGGAAGGCUAUUUCAAGCCAAUGCGCUGGAGCUGCACCAUUCCCAAGCACGUGCUUCUAGGCUGUCCUGCUCCCAUGACAAUGCAUGGAAAUGACAUCACAAGCCAUGCAGUGAACAAGCUGCUACCAAGCCAGGAUUCCAUUCAUGUUAUCAGCAAUACACAAAGCUCAAAAGCCUCAUGACAAGGAUGCAAGAUUCUCUAAGCUUCUAAAUGUAAAAUUAGCUGUUAGUCAAGAGGAAAUGCUUUGAGGACUCUAAUGCACAUUUCUGAGAGGUGCCUAAGUUUAGGUUGAGAGCACUCUUUCAUUAUCUUAAACUCAAACUCACAACAUCUGCCAGUUAAGUCGAGUGAGGCUGGACCAGCACCGUCAGGGCCUUCCAGGGCCCAUUUGGAAGUGACUGUGUUUUGAAAACUUGUGUUUGGUGCUCUGGUCUUCAGUUUCCCAUGCCUCUGAGGGCAUGAGUGCAUGUGCGCAUACACACACACACACACACACACACACACACACUCUACAUGGGGCAACUUAACAUCCAGCCACUAAGACAUGUUUUGAAAUGGAAUCUAGAUCAAUAAAAACUUCAGGAUGACACUUUCAGCCACAAUUCAGUGGACAAUAAGAAGACUGUCCAUAGACCCAUAAGCAGCCCAAAUCCUCUUCUUUGUUAAAGAUCACGUAGCUUAUAGAAAUAUCAGACUGAAUUUUCUUCACUGUGAUGCAAAGACUAAACACACAUGUAGCAAAGUCUCACUUGAAUACAGGACUCCAAAUAUUCCUGCAGCACACAUUCCAAGCCAUUUCCUAAUAUGCAAACCAGGUUUUUAAAAACAGGUCUGGGCACUGUUCCUCUUUCCUGCAAUGCCAACAGCGUUUUACCCCUGUGCGGCAGCUCUGAUUUAGGUUUGUCACUGCAGCAUGUUCCUAGUUAUCUGUGUGAGUCAUCUGUGUUUGGGCCUUUUCUGUAGAAUAAAUAAAUGUCGAAUUUUGAGUA